CUAUUUGAAUAGGUGUAAGACGGCAAAAAUUGAUUAAAAGACGGUUAUAAAACAGGCGAAAGAAAAAAUGUCGCAGGCAAGUUUCACUCCACCGUUAGCGAGGAUCAGCCACGUGAAUCACCCCGAUGGCAAUUUAAAGUUGCACGGAAAGGGUUUGAUCACUGAUAUUUAUGAAAAAUCAAAAGAACUCGGACUUGAAGGCGACAUUAAAAUUUUAAAAACAUUAGAGUUGACAUGUGCUGGAAUGUGCUGCAGAUUUUCUGAAAAUGGAGAAAAAUUAGCAGUGGGAUUAUCAAAUGGAGACGUAAAGAUAUAUAAAACAUCAACUGGAUCAUGCAUCUACCAUCUUUCUGAUGAUGAAACGAAAUCGGAUCGACUCCCAGCAACAUCUGUUAACUUUGUUCCAAAUGAAUUAUCAACUCGUGGAGAGAUGCUUAUUGUCACAUAUGCUAGCGGUAUGAUCAAGUUCUGGCACGUUUCAAGUGAAACAGCUUUACAAACAAUACAUGAACAACGACAGAUUCUCACGAGUUCUCUCUCACCAACUGUCUCCCACAUCCUCACUGGAGGAACCUCGGAGCAGAUCAACGAGUACGAUGUAGAGACAGGAACCAAAACUAAUGUUUAUGAACCAAGUCCAAACAGACUUGUGAUGGAUGGCCACAGAUGUAGAGUGUUUACUGUGAAGCAUCAUCCUACAAACGAACAUGUAUUUUUAUCUGGAGGAUGGGAUGAUACAGUGCAAAUAUGGGAUCAGAGGGAAGAGCAUUCAGUCAGACGAAUAUUUGGUCCACAUAUAUGUGGCGAUGGUAUUGAUGUAGACAAGAAACAUGGGCAUAUUCUUACUGCUUCGUGGAGAAAAAAUGAUGUUUUGCAGGUAUGGGAUUUCAAAAGUGGAGAUCGUAUCAAGACGUUGCCUCCUGAUUUCUCAGCUGAUUCUUUGUUAUACUGUGGGCAGUGGAUGGGAAAGCAACAUAUAGUGUGUGGGGGUUCAGACAACAACAUGGUUCGAAUCAUCGACAAAACUACCUUGGCUACCUCUGGCAUCAUUACCAAUUUACCAUCCGGGGUAUACAGCAUAGACCACGAUCGUAACCGACUGAGUCACCACCAUAGUGACGUCACAAUGAUAGCUGCAACAGCCGGUAACCAUGUCUACCUACUCUCAAAUGCUCCCAACAAAAAAGACUAAAAAAGAACACUUUUUUGCUUUUACUCAUGUAUUUGUACCACCCCUUAUAUUUUAAAGCAGUUUUAUUUUCUCGAUGUUUUGUGUUCUGGUUUGACAGUUUAGCCCACGCCCGUCUUAAUUUGAUGAAUUUUCCGUUCCAAUUUGCGAAUUGUUUUCGUUCCUACCUGUAUUACCUUACCCAUUUUUAUAUUGCACGCAUGUGACUUGUUGAACAUAAAUAUAAAUUCACGAGUGUUGAAAAAC